UACUACAAAUUAUUGGGACAUGUGAAAAGCAUUGAUAAUUGUCAGAUGAUUAUGCAUUAUCUUCCUCAUGGAUACGCUUGAUUACAGACAGUUUUAGGCAUUCUGGAUGGGCACCUUCAUGUAAUGUUUUGUUUAUUAUUUUUGUUAAAGACAUUAUUUUCUCUUUUGUCAUGUGUUUAACAACACAAUUAGAAAAGGCAUAUUAGUCUUUAGGUCGAGAAUGAAUGAGUUUGGCUAUUAAUAUUAUGAAAAGCAUAGUUGCUACUCACCAUAUAUGCCGAGUCACAGAUAGGCGCAACAAAAAGACUGUCACAAAAUAAUAUUUCGGCCAACAAGGCCUUCGUCAAAAAUAGGCAACAGAAACACACGCACACUGAUGCAAACGAAAUGCACACACACAUGAUCACAGUCUCUGACAGCUGAAGCCAGAGACAGUUUGGCUUAGCUGCCCGAGAAUGUGGUCAUGUGUUUGUGAGAGUUGUGUUUGCAUCAGUGAGUGUGUGUGUCUGUUGCCUAUUUUUGACAAAAUUCUUGUUGGCUGAAAGCUUAUUUUGUGAGAGCCUUGUUGUUGUGCCUACCUGCAACUCAGCAUCUCCACUAUACGGUGAGUAGCAACAAUCCUUUUCUUAAUAUUGUUACAUUCCAUCCUGGAUUUUCCAUUGUUUGAGUUUCGCAAUUGCUUCACUGAUCUUACAUAACAUGUAUUGAGCUAAGGUACCAGCUAUGAGUGAGAAGGACCUCAGUGUUUAGGAAGAAAUGUAUUAGAUGUAUGCUGAAGGUGAAAAAACUGCUACGGAAACUUUAGUAGUUGUGGCCCUUGUGCAUUUGCUAUGGUUCAACUAACAUGAAAUGAUGGAAGACAGAAAAUCACUGCAGGGAAUGUAUUUUUUCAGUGUUCACUGUUGUCCUGUAUUUAUUUUCCAAAAAUGGAGAUGAAAUAUCACAGGCAGGCUUACAACACAUUCUGAGUAAUGAAGGGACAGUCAUUUUGCUCAUGAAAACAAGUGUGGUGAAUAAAAGUUGUACAGGGAGACUAAUGGCUGAAUACAGUAAGCAGAUUUAGGUUCAAACUGGUGUAGAUUGCAGUAGGCCUAGUUAUUCAAAGAUGAAAAGGAUUGCACAAGAUAGUGCAGAGAGCUGCAUCAAGCCAGUCUUUGCACUGACAACAACAAAACAACAGCCUUACUGUGUGGCAUACACUACACUUGAAUUAUUCUGGAUAAUCCAGAUUACGUAAAACAAGAUAUCUGCACACUAGUUUUAAGACUAGAUCCUCGUACAUAGCAAACCAGUUUUAUUUGUGCAGCACUACAAUUAAUUGUCUUUAACGUUAUCUGACGUAUGUUUGCUUUGUCAGUUGCAAAUUUAUUUAUUUGUGAACAUGAAAUAGCAUUCAAAACAAAUUACAUAAAGGAUUACGACUCGCAAUUUAUUUUAACGUGGGCGUAAGGUAGAGCCAGUAACCCAAUGCAUUCGCCUUUGAAUAAAUUAGUAAAAAAAUUACAUGCGAUGAGAUAAAUUAUCAACUAUUAGUGGAAAUAAUUAGCAUUUCCUAGUUAAUCAUGACAAUUACAAUAGUUUAGUUUAAACGUGAUUUCAUUAGUACUCCUUCAAGUCGACUGUGGCGCAAAUCCCAAUGACAAUUAUUUUAUUUCUAAAACUCUAACGUUGGCUCAUGGCUUACGUCUAUUGUAUAAAGCGUAAGGCUAUGUCAAACUAAGGUAUUUCUGCCAUAAGAACUAAAAAUUUUUAUACACUUUAAAAAUAGGCGCACGAAAUCAUCCAGUGUUACUCAAAAUAAACAUCAUACAUCAUUCUUACGGUUUUAUUUGCCCACACGUGUAGUUUACGGGAAGUUCUGAAUAUUUAUGUUAUUGUGCGUAGAUUAUUUUAUUUAUGGUGAUAAGCUUGUACAAUACAUUUCCAUCUCUUCUUUCCGUUCAUUAUCCAAACAUAAACACAUACAAUACGAAGGCGCUGCAGAACGCAGCAGUGUCAGUGUUUUGUCCUGUCAAUCGAUUAGUUUCCCGCAGCGAAGCUCUCGAACGUCCUCAACUCCUCAUAAAAAUGGCCGUCGUGGGGUCUGGUGCGGACCAACCUAACGUGAUUUGUGCUCUGUAAGGCAGCUGACAUGUAACAAAUUCAGCUUUAGUAUCAAAAAUUGGAGCCGUCGUCCGAAACGACGUGGCCAAAAUGGAGUUACACGACGAUAAUUCCGUUGUUAAGGAUCGCAUCUUGGAAGACAUCAGGAAGGCGAUCAAGUUGCUCCACCAGCAGGAGGUGCAGCAGCUGAAGCGGGACGCGGCGAGCCGCGCGCCGUGCCCUGCGAGUGCUGCGCUGGUGAGCCACCUGGACGCCGGUCUGCGGCACGGCCUGCGCGAGCAACGCCCCGGGUACUGGCCGUUCGUCGCGGACGUCUCGCACUCGGAAACCCGGCGCACUCUGGCCGGCAUCUCCUCGCCUUCAGCCAGGGGGAAGGCUUGGGUGCAGCUGGCCGUGUCGGAGGGAUCGCUGCGCAGCCACCUGCAGUGCGCGCUGUCGGACCGCGAGGCGCUGGCGCGCCACUACGGGGACCGCGCACUGCUGCGCGACCACGCGCGCUUGAAGCUGCUGCUGCAGCUGGUCGGGGUCGCGGACGCUGUCGCCGGGGGGCUGCUACGACAGGUGCGUCUCUACCCCCAAGGAGAAGAAGAAUUAGGUAUACUGCGGGCACUGGAACUGCGAAAACCGGCAGAAGAGGAAUCUGGGAAAAGUACUCCGGGAGCAGGUGCGACGGGCCCCGACCCUCUGAUGAUGGCGUCGGUCACGUCGUCACUGGCAUCGCCUGUAGACUCCGGGGUCGCCCUGCUGGAUAGCGACAGCGAAGCGACCACGGCCAACGGGGAGCCGGACGACGGGUCAAGUCUGCGGGAGGUGGAAGCCGCAUUCCACGACACGGAGGGCACCACACCCACGCCGUCUCUGGCCUGCCCGCCGCCCGCCGCCGUCGUGGAGAGCUGCGGCUCGCCCGCCGCGGAGACUCCUGUCGGCAGCGAGGGCUCGUGCGACGCGUUUGUGUACCCGAACUCGGACCCCGCGAACGUGCAGGACGCCGUGGAGAGACAGGUGCUGAACGAGAUCGCGCGACGCUUCAAGGAGAGCAACUCCCCCAGGAGGAAGGUGGACAGUAGCACAAAAGCUGGUACAAACCAACCUGCUGACACAAAUAAGAUGAGCGAGCCUAUCAUUACGAUGUGCAAUGAAAAGAAGUACGAAAUGGAGGAAAAGUCUGAUCUCGUGAACAAGGAAGCCAGUGUAAUGUGUGACAGCGAAGCCAAGAACAAUGAGAAGAACCGCAUCUACCACUCACCAGAUAACAAGCAGCUAGAAGCGGCAGUUGGCGACACGGACGGCAUCGUCUUCCGGAGGCACCGUCGCCGCCGCAAGGGCAACGGCGACCCGGCGACCCCGAAGCGCGUCUCCUUCCACGGGGACGUGGGUGUGGGCGGGGCGACUGCCACGCACGCGCAGGGGCAGCAGUUCUCGGCGAGCUUCAUGCCUGCCCACCCCGUCGUCAAGAAGGACGUCGUGCCCGGCAGGUACAGCUGGUGUGCCGAAGGUGACGCACCGUUUGUGGAGCGCCGAGACGGGGGAGCGGGAGGCACUCGCUCAGACGUGCUGCUGGCGUCUUCCACGUCUUCUGUGGCGACGACUGAUACGACCGGGACGGAAGGUGCAAAAGAUGCGGAGGUCAGGGCCUCGACUGACAGCCUCGAGGUGUCGGAGGAGCGUGGCAUCCCCGAGGGGCGGGAAGACCCUCCGAGGCCGGCGGGGACUGACCGUGGCGGCUACCGGCCCUCUGGUGGUGGUGUCUCCAGCUGCGGCGCCCUGACGGCAGGAGCCGACGACAGUGCAAUAGCGGCAGCAGCUGCCGCCGCCGGGUCUAGGGGAGGAUGCUUUGUACUCAGCGCCUCUCUUGCAAAAUUUGCCUCCAUGGCUUCUUCCAUAGACUACUGGUCAUCAGAUGAAGCGGAUGGUGACGAGUCUGCCCUCACGGACAAGCGCCAGUCGGUGCUCUCUGUCGCGUCGUCAGCUCCGAGUCUGAAAGCUCGCAUAAGCCAACGGCGACUGACAGCUCUCUCACAGAAGCCGUCAAAAGCUCCUCUCCUCCAAAGGUUCAUGCGCUCACUGGCGGGUUCUGCGCCACGCCGGCCACUCCCGCAGUGGCGCCGCGGCCUGCCCGUCGCCGCCCCCGCUUCCCCCUUCCCGCGACUCCCCUGUCCCGUCCCCACUCCCCCCGUCUGUGCGACUGACUCGCCGGAGAGGGCUGUCGCCCUCGCGGCCGCCGACGCGACGUUCGCCGCGGAAAUGCGCCAGCUUGCCGCGCAGAAGAUUUCCGCCGCAGCUGCGGAGGCGGACUGCGGGCCUCCCGGCGAUGUGGAGCUGGACCGUGAAAUUGCACAGAAAGCGUUCUCUGCGACUGUCUUCUGUCGGCCUACUGAGACACUGUACAAGGUGUACAAGGUGAGCAGCUCCUACUGGUCCCCGGACGGGGCAGGCCCCCGCCCGCUGCUGCUGCUGCUCACCGACUGGGGCGUCUACGUGUGCGGCCUCAGAGCCAACCUGACCUACUGUGCUGUGCUUGCUCUCGCCUACAGGGACUUGCACACUGUCAUUGCGGGCCCGCGUCUGCAGACGUUGAUCCUGGUUCCGGAUCCCGUGACACACCCAUUGCCGCCACUGGCCCUGGCGACGCCAGACGGCGACUGCGCACGCUCACUGCUCUGCCACCUGGACGUGGCGGCGCGCAGGGCGUCCGCCUCGCAGAAUGUCCCCGGCGGCCCGAGGGCGCGGCUGCUGCUCCCGGUGCGGGGCGGACCGACGGCUCCGGCAGUCGCGGAGGUGUCGGCGGACGACAUGGCGCGCCUCAAGGCUCAGCUGGACGUGAGUGUCGUGGAGGCUCCCCGGCGCGUCACGGGUCGUCCCCGGUCGGAGGGUAGUGUGCGGAAAGUCCCGGAGAAAGGGAUGGGCUCGGCAGAUGAGGAGGCGGGCGCAAAUGUGCCGCAUCCGGAUGGGGUGGCCGCAUUCCGCGAGUACUGCCGCCGCUGCGUCGUGCUCCUUGCCAUGUUCAGGCUCAGAGAAACAGCUCACAGAUUCAUCGUCGUCAUCACCAUCAUCGUUACUCACAAAAAUAACUUUAAGGGCCACACGGCAGCAUUUCCCUUGCUCGUACAGCUGUCAGAGUCAGUGUGUGUGCCGCAGGUGGAGGAGAUGGUGCACUACGCGCUGGUGCGUGUCCAGGACGAGCAGCUGAGCCCGCCGUCGACCCCACUGGGGCCUCAGCGACAGGGAUACCUGAUGGCGCGCGCCUCCGAGGACGAGCCGUGGCGCCCUGCCUUCUUCAUACUCAAGGCGGGCGUGCUGUACCAGUUUGCGGACCAGGCACAGCGCCUGCCUCUGAGCGCCCUCCUGCUGGGGGGCGGGCACUGCCUGGGGGCGCACCGCAUCGCCGUCGCCCACGCGCGCCCCCACUCCUUCGAGCUGUGCACCGCGGCCGACGGGGACUGCUCCGGUGCGGUGGUGGAGGGCCGCGACAGGCGCGUGCUGCAGAUGGCGGCCGCCGACGAGUACGAGGCCUCGGAGUGGCUGCAGGCGCUGGUCCAGGCUGCGUCCGGGCUGUACGAGGUGGAGCGGGCGGAGACGGUGCCGUGCUCGGUGGUACUGACGCCGACGUCGGUGCUGACGUGCCGCGAGCACUGGUGGCCGCGCUGGGUGGGCGUCGGCAGCCCCGGGGGCGGCGCGGAGGGGCGGCACGGGCGGGCGGAGACCCUCGCCCGGGCGCCGCUCGCCGACAUCACGUCCGUCACGGUCGCCACCGACAGCGACAGCUGGUGCAUCCUGGAGUUCUCGUGCCGCGAGGUGCACGCCACGAGCGGAGACUGGGUGCUGUACUUCGCGUCGCCGCGCGAGAUGAUCGCCUUCAGGGAGGCCCUGCGCACGCUCUGGCCUUCCGUGUCGAAGUUUUGA